GGGCGGUCCCAGAGGCAGCGAGCUGUGGUUCCGGUUCCGUCGCGGAGACACGUGAAGGUCGGUGCGGAGUUCGUCUCUGCAAGCGUGGUCGCCCUGGGAUGGAUUCCUCCUCCUCUUCCUCCGCGGCGGGUUUGGGUGCAGUGGACCCGCAGUUGCAGCAUUUCAUCGAGGUAGAGACUCAAAAGCAGCGCUUCCAGCAGCUGGUGCACCAGAUGACUGAACUUUGUUGGGUUCCUGUGGCCUAGCCGGAUGGGAGAAGGGUGACUCCGCUUCUCUGGGGACUGUCAUUCCGGACCUCGGCUUUGUUGGUGCAGAGGACUGGGUAUCAAAGAAGACUUAUGCCACUGGACACCCAGCACUUUCAGGCACCCGAGGUUGAAGCUGCCUAGUGCUGGUCACCAAGACUGAUCGGAGCCCCCAGUACUGGGAUUUUAUUUUUGGCAGCCCGAGUCCCAGAGAGUCAGUGAAUCAGUGAAUCUGCUAUUCCUGGACUCCUCGGGAUUUACCUUCAUUACCCAGUUCUAACCCUCUCCGCUGAAAAAUGAGUGGCUCCAGCCCACUAACUAUAAAAGUGGUGUAAUCUCUUCCAACGUACAUACUUAUUUGCUUUCUUGUUGGAUUGUUGUGUAAUACCAAGCCGUUUCGGGUCUGAAGGUUGAGGAAUUGAGCCUGCCCUGUGAGGGGACUUUGGCAAAAGGGUGGAAGGUAUUUGCAGCUUGCCAACAACGUGUUCUGCUUGCCAAGGACAGAUCUCCCUUAAUGUACACAAUUCACAGAAUUCAGAGGCCAAGGAUAAUUUUCCUUGGAAUUAGAGGGUCUGAGGCUUGUGUACAUGGCAGAGAAUAAUGAACGAAAUUUUUGAACCACUUAACUUGAACUAUAUACAGUCAUUGGUUUCCAUAGGCCCUUUCCCAUAAACUUAUAGUAUUGCUGGACUAUGACACCUACCAGAUGCUUACUUAACUCUGGUCUGCCUUGGACCAGAGUGCUUUGAUUCUUUUUUAAAAAUAUCUGUGAUUCGUUACUUUGGGGCUAGGAGGGCGUGUGGUUAAGUACUAUUGCAAGAAUCUGUAAGCUGCCCGGCGCGGUGGCUCAUGCCUGUAAUCCCAGCACUUUGGGAGGCGGGUGGAUCACUUGAGGUCAGGAGUUCGAGACCAGUCUGGGCAACACGGCGAAGCCCUGUCUCUACUAAAAAUAGAAAAAAUUAGCUGGGCGGGGUGGCACCCGCCUGUAAUCCCAGCUACUCAGGAAGCUGAGGCACGAGAAUGGCUUGAACCUGGCGGAGGUUACAGUGAGAUCAUGCCACUGCACUCCAGCCUGGGUGACAGAGCCAGACUCUGUCUCAAAAAAAAAAAAAGAAAAAGAAAAGAAAAGAAAGGAAAAAAAACUGUAAGCUAUGAUGAACCCCUUAGGAAAAUGCAUUCAAUUUUCCAUUCAUCAUGACAGGAUUCAAGAAUCUCUAGCUUAAGUAGACAAGGUUAUAGAAUCUCAAGUCAUAUUUUUUUUCUUCUUUGGUAGGUUUUAGGGUACCUUGCUGAAAUGAUUUAUCCUUUCACCCUUUUAUUCUGUAGUUAACUUAAAGGCAUUUAGUUCAAACAGCAUUGUGGAGUUAAAACCAAAUUCAUCGAAAGGUUACUUCACUUGUAUUUUGCCAUUUUCUUGCUCUGGAAUAUCCCAGCUCUGCCAUUUUCUGGCCCUAUGAUUUUGCGCAAAGUAUCUCUGUGCCACAGUUUUCCUCUUUGUAAAAUGAGGAUUUAUAAUAGUAUCUAUUCCAUAGUAUUGUUGUAAGAAUUUAAUGUAAGGCUAGAAAACAUUGCUGUAUACUUGGUCAGCUGCCAAAUGUGAACUAUCAGUAACAUAUCAGAUAUUAUUUUUAGGUAAAGUUUUUUUUUCUCUAAGCAACAAAAAGGGACCCCUGCCCCCAACCGUCUUUUUCUUUCCAAGUUCCCUUUGUGAUUCUGUAUCUUGUCCUGAGCAGGAGAAGUGCAUGGACAAGCCUGGGCCAAAGUUGGACAGUCGGGCUGAGGCCUGUUUUGUGAACUGCGUUGAGCGCUUCAUUGAUACAAGCCAGUUCAUCUUGAAUCGACUGGAACAGACCCAGAAAUCCAAGCCAGUUUUCUCAGAAAGCCUUUCUGACUGAUCUCAGCAUUACCUCUUUGGAAAAGGAAGGUAGUUCAAGAAAUGAAGAGCUGUUGAUGGGAUGAUUGAAGAAACAGCUAUGAGAGGAUUGGCUCCCAUCUUUUGUUACUCUUGGGACAUCCUGUCAUCUGAGAAUGAACAAAGACCAAUUUUUUGUGUGUGAAGCUUAAGGGUCAUAUGUUUGCUUGUAUUUUUUAAUGCUAAUCUUGUGAAAAUAAUUGACAGGUGAAGGAAAACUCUAUUUAGAUGCAUAUUACUGUACAUGGGACUAUGCUUUUCUCAAAGCCCCAUUAACUGCUUCCUAUAAUUUUGAUAGUGGGACCACAUACGUAAAAAUCUCUCAUUUGUGUGGAGUCA